UGGCAGACAACAGCGGCUAUACGGUGGGUCGGAAAGCAAUGGAGAAUCAGUAAGACCUGUGCAUUACAUGGCAUAGGUUGAGUUGAGAGAACGAUGAUACUUCAACGUAACUCGUACUAAAGCUGUGCAUGUUCACUCGAUUUUAAAGAAAUUCAAGUUUUACGGAAAUUUUGGAGGAAGACAUUGUAAUACAUCAACAUUAAAUUCUUCAAUAAUUAAUAUAAAUAUAAUGACAAAUUGUGACAAUUUGUAUAUUUUGAGGAAAAAAUCAAUUUGGAUUUCUUCCCAAACUAUCAGCCCCAAAGUUUAAGAUAUUCUUACAAGAGGGAAUGGUUUCAAAUGAUUACUACCCUUUUGUGUGCCAGUUGUUUAGUGAGUGUAAUUAAAAGACAAAAACUGCAGGUGAUUUUUGGGUGAAGUAGUAAAUUGAUAAAAUUAAAACAUCAUAGAGACAAACUAAAGAAACUUUCUGAUGAUUAAAAAAGCAUUGCAACGAAUAUAUAUGUAUAUAUAGAAUACAAUAAAAUAUAGUUGAUCAAUUGUAAAGUAUUAGAGUGAAAUUUAAAGUGAAGAAAACAAAAAAGCUAAACAAACGAAAAAUGACUGGAAGAGCAGAGACUAUACUUUUAAAUGCAAUAGACAGCGUCCAAAAUUAAUGUGGACAGAUAUACAGAAUCCUUCUUCUUUAAUGAUGGGUCUCCAAGCGGCGGCCAGUAAACGAAAGUACGAUGGUAGUGAGGGCGGCGAGGUCAGUGAACAGCAGGGAAGCUGCUCACCGGCCAAAACAAGCCGCUGGUCAGAAACGGGUGGUGUUUCAACUACACCUCCAACGAUGACAACAUCUGUGAUCUCAUCAUCGGGGCUCGGUGAGGACAGCAUUGCGCGUCUUGAAGCGGUCACUGUGCCCGGUGAGACGACAUGGGCGGGUGAACCAAUUGUGGAUAGUAUUUCCCGACUGCAGGCAGUAGCAGUACCGGGUGAGGGUACGUGGGGUGCCGAUGGGGCAAGAUCAGCAUUGGCCACAACCCUCCUAGCAGCGGAUGAUCUCGAGGAUGAUGAUGACGACUUCGAGGAUGAUUUUGAUGAAGAUGAUACAGCCAUUCCUAGCUACUUGCCGCUGAGAUAUCCAUGUGCCCCACCACGGGGCUACGGACCACCGGGAUCGUACUCACCACCUGCCAAAAAUAGUUACUACACCGAAUCCUAUCCAGGGCUAACAACGUGUUCGCGUGGGAUGUAUGGUCGGGGACCAGGAUAUGCAUCAGCUAGUGGUUGGAUGGGUGGAUACUACACCCCGCCAGAGGCGACGAGCCCCCAGCAAACAAUCCGCUGUGCGGAAAAUGGGAAGUCGUACCUGGAGUUAGGAAGUGCAAGCUAUAGUUCGAAUAAUGGGAUGUCAAAUACUCGUUGUGGUAUUAAACGGUGCUGUGAUGGUAGAAAUAAUUGGUGCAAUAGUAAACAAUGUUACAAGGAAAGACGUUUAAAGAUGAUGAAUCUCAGUAUGUUUAAGUUAUCACGCUUCCGUCAGGUGAGCGAACAGAGUCUCUAUCGCUCAGUUCUCAUUUGCAACACACUUAAAUGCAUUGAGCGAGAGAUGGAGAUGGAAAGUAAGGAGUUGGGAAUGCAUCAGCACCACGUGACAAGUCCACAUCACAACCACCAUCAUCACAUGCAUCACCCCCAGCCACCACUACCACAACCACCGCAUCCCGCUGAAUACCAUCCACAGUAUCGGACACCGACCGUACACCAUGGGAAUCAUGCAUCUCCUGAGAUACACUACGGUGGUCCUGAAGCACCUCCCUCUAGCUUCCAAGUUCCCUAUAACGGACGUGCUGCAACACCAGCACCACCCAGUCUGCCAUUCAAUGACUCCUUACCGCCAUAUGAUCACCACCCAUUACGCGAUGCUGCCCAUAGCAGUGGCCGUGCCACACCCUUCCCUACAGCUGGUCUCCCAGACACGGACUCUGGGUAUGGGGAUGAGGAUUGUACGCGACCUAUAAACUGGGGAUCUGUCCUAAGUCUGUCGUCACAGUCUGCCCUGGAUCCGCUCAAUAAUAAUGAUCUCUUCGCUACAUCAUCAACCACCAGCACACUAGCUCUCAGUAGUAGUAACAGCAGCACCAGUAGUAGUAGCAGCAACAGUUGCUCCUUUGCUGCAGCUACUACUUUUUCCUUCGCCUCGGCUGCCUCGUGCACCGUUACAGCGACAACUAACUGGGAUUAUGGGUUGCUAGACAUGGACCUCGGCUUAGGACCUGAACUCACUGAACUCCUGCCGAGUUGGAAACUGACACCACUCAGUGCAGACGAUAUACUCAAGUCAGUACCGGAACAGCAGGAAAUGGACUCAGCUUUCACACACAUCAUGGUCGGGAGUUAGUAGUGUGAGGGACAAAUAAUUUACCCAUCCCUCCAUUUUCGAUGAGUUUCCAUUUUUUUUAUAACCAAGACUCCUAUCUUCAUGUCGCAAAAAAGCGUAUCAAUAUCACUCAGCUAUAUUACGAUUAUUUUGAUUUUAAAAUUGGUAUUUUUAUGGACAAAAAUGUUAAAAUUUUUUGCUUAGGCUCUGUGAUCUGAAUUUUGUUAUAUGUACGUCAAAAUUGAAUUUUUAUCUACCCUAACUGAAAAAUUGGAAGAACAAUUAGCUUUAUCAAUUAAUGAAAUAAAUACCGGAGAUGAUAAAAUCAUAAAAGGAUCCAGAAAAAGACUCAAAAUAUUAUAUUUCCCAACUAGAUGUAACGAAGUGGUUUGAGAAAAAGUUAUAGGGUACCUAUAGGUAAUUUUCUUUAUGAAUAACAUAUUUGAAAAUACUCAAUCUUCAGAAAUUCGUAAAAAAAGCAACUUAAAUAGUUCCGAUGCUUCCUAUUUUGCUUGAUACAGAACUUUAGACCCUUUAGUUUUAUUUUACUUACAUAAUACAUAUUAAAACGAUAUAUCAGUUACAGUAGAAUAAAUUAUAUUAGCCCUUUACAUGCCAUAGCAAGCUAAUGCUUUGGAAGGUGUAUCUGUCAUCCCAAACUGAUUUUUCUUUUUAACUCACAUCGUGAAUUUUUUUUAUUUCUAAAAAAACCAGAUCACAAAGACCGAAGCAUUGUCCAUAAAAAAAAUUGAAAUCAAACACACAAAAUACGAUUUUUUUUUUUGCAUUAGAUGUGCGACAUAAUACUACUUUUAUAAAUUGUCCCAUUAUACAGAAAUACAUUAAAUAAUCCAUAUAAUAUAGAUGAAGACUCAAACAUCUAUGAUAAUUCUUCCAUUUUUGUUUAAAAAUUUACAAAAACUCAGUAUUCUUUUUAAAUAGCAAAAAAUUAUUAAAAUGUAUUUCUUUCAAAUCAUUAUUUUUUUUUUUUAAUGUAAUUCAUCUUACUUAAAACGGGUUAAUCUUUUGACGCAUUUUUUUAGAAAAAAGAAACGCUUAGUUUUACUUUAUCCGACCAUGAUUCCUUAAACAUACUUUUAUGUUUAGAGUUUUUUGCUCAGGUUGUGAAGGCUGUGUCUACAAGCAAAAAAAAACUACAGAAAUAUGAAACGAAAAUUGUAAGAAAAAUGCAAAGAGAAUUUUGUGACUCGCCAUUUAAUAAACAAAAAAAUUACUGGAUGUAAAACUUUUUUUUUUUCAAAUUAAUAAUAUGUAAAUGUAUCAAUAGUUUUUUCCUACUUCUUAUAAAUAUAUAUUAAAAAGAAAUUAAAAUACGUAACACAGCGAAGCGAAGAUGGGAAUGAAAAUCAAAAAUUCACGAAGUUGACAAAAAAAAGAACAGAAUGUUUUUUUUUAAUUUCAUUUCUAUAUGAAGAAGUAAGAAAAAAAUUAUGUAAAGUGAUAAUUAUCACGAUGAAAUAGUGAAGAAAAAUCAAAGAAGUGAAGAAAAUAAACCCCAUAAAAUAGUAUACCUAUUUAUUCUAAUGAUGUACGUACACUUCCUUAAUAAAAUUUAUUAUUAAAAAGAAUCAUGUUCAAAAACAAAAUACUUGAAUUACAUGAGACAAAAGCGAAUUUUUUGGUAAAUAUGAAGUUUAAGAAAAAGAGAAAAAUAUCUGUUAUACAGGAUUAUUUUUUCUUAAUUUUUAUUUCCAUCCAGCCAUUUUUUUUUAAUACAACAUUUUUUAACUUGUAUACAUUUUAAGCAAUAGCUUCUUUUUGAAAAGCAAUAAUUGUGGUAAAUUUUAAUUCUUAAGCAAUAAAAUACAUUUAAUGUUUUUCACAUUGAAAAAAAAAAUUAAAAGAGCUUCUUCUUGAUUUUUCCGUCUAUUUUUAACAAUUUUCUCAUUGAGUAUUUUCAUUUCAUUUUUUUUUUGACAAAAACAUAAAUUUUUUUUAAACUUGCAACCUAAGCGAAAAAUCUCUUCGUGUGAAAACUAUAUAAAUUAUAUACGAGGAAAUGUGAAAUUUAAAAGAAAACCCAGAAGAAAAAAUGGAAACCAACACGCCAAGAUAACAAUUUGUAAAUAAUUUGCAAAAUGUAAGAAAGAAGAAAGUACGAAUUUGUAAAAAGAGAAUCUAAAAAUGUAAUAGUUGAAUUUUUUUUAAUGUGUAAAUAAAAAAUAUUUCCGCCACAAUUGCUGAAAUUUACUUAUAUUUAAUGAAAAUGAAAAAAAUAGAUAAAGUAAAUAGAAAAAAAGUAUUACAAAAAACGAAAAAUAUUUUCUUUUCUCAUUUAUGUGAAAUUAAGCAAAGAAGUAAAUAUUCAAGUGAAGGAAAUUGUGAAAAAUCUAUUUUCCUUUAUUAAUAUGAGAUGAAAAUAUUUAAGAAAAAAAAGAACAUUAAAAAAUACACUCAAGAGAAAAUUUUAAAAUUAAAAAGUAAAAAAAAAUGAACAAUCUAGUCCUACUUACCGAUAUAUUAUUAUAAAAUAAAAAAUAUAUAACUAAAAAUUAUGAUAAAUUAUAAGAGAAUCUAUUAUAUAAAAAAAUCCAAUAGCUGAUAAGUUAUAUUAUUAUUAAUUAUUAUUAUUAUCAUUGAAUAAAAAAGAUUAUGAAAAAAAUUAACAAAAAAAAGAAAAAAAAUUGCAAAAGGCAUGCAAAAUUACAGAAAGAUUGCAAGAGAUUAUUUUUACGUCAAUUACAAGGGCAAAAAUCUUGAAAAUUUCCCCUGAAAAAAAAAAAGAAUUAAGUAACUAAUUGAAUAUCCCACAAAUCUCUCAAGCAACAUAAUUAGGAAAAAUUUGACACACCAAAUUAAUAAAAAAAAACAUGAAACAGAAAUAAGGUUCUUUUACAAAAAAAAAACUAAAAUCUCUUUAUCAAACUUUUUAUUGAAGAAAGAUCUUCACAAAAAUUUAGUGUAUAAAAAUUAUUGAAUAAAAAUGCUAAUAAAAUUUGAUGUUCAAUAAAUAUGUACAAUCCAGAGUAAAAAAAACAUAAGGAAUUAACUUUUGAAGUAAAUUAAAAAAAAAAGAAAGAAUCCAUCGUUUCAGAAAGGUUGAAAUAGUAAAAGAAAAGAAUGGCUAAAAAAAAUGUGGCGCAGUAAUUGGAUGCAAAAAAUAAGCGGGAAAAUUUCGAGAAAACAGAAAGCAAUGUUUGACUUUUAUGUUACUUUUGCAAAAAAAAUAAAGAGAAAUAAUUGUUAAAUUGAGAAAAAAAA